UUAAACGUAACAUACUUUGGCCCAUAGAAUACCAGGUCAACGGUCAUGACAUACUAUUCGCUGUAUCGUAGUCGGCGAAAAAUCUAUAACCGUCUUGCAGUGAAGUAGUUUUUUCAUUGUGUAAGUAACUGCCAGUAUCUCACAGUUCGUUUUGCAUGGCUUAUGUAGUUUUAUUUUGUAUUUCAAAUUCUACUGGAUUAACUGUGUGUAUAAGGUUCCACCAGAUGUCAUGAAACAAGUCAGCACAAACCAGCACGCGUGGGUCAUAGUGGCAGCAUCCUUCUUUUCUCUCUUCCUGAACGCGGGCCUGUGUUAUGCGGCUGGGGUGCUGCACGUGAGAUUGGUGGAAACAUACCCACAGAACGUCUACAGUGUCGCCUGGCUUGGGUCGAUUUUAGUGAGCUUGACAGCGCUUGCAGGCCCAGUUGCCAGCCUCGUUAUCAAUUUGUACGACUGUCGGACAUGCGCAGUGCUAGCUGGAAUUCUUGGAUUCAUUGGCUUUGUUGGUAGUUACUUCGCACCCAAUCUGCCGUCUCUCUUUGUAACUUACGCUUUAAUAGUAGGUUUGGGUUUAGGUCUAUCCAAUACAUCAUCAGUGGUGAUUCUGGGCUACUACUUCAAGGAGGACACGUCCGUGGCAGCAGGGAUUACUGUGACGGGGGGUGGACUGGGGAUGUUUGUUUAUCCCGUUCUAACCGACUUCCUUCUCGAGACGUACGGUCUCCGUGGAACAUUUCUCAUUCUAGGAGGUGUUGUCUUUCAAAGCUGCGUGUGCGGUAUGCUGAUGCGACCGUCAGAAUUUGAACAUAGCCGUCGAGAGAUGUUCCUGAGUGGUCAGAACAGACGACAGCUAGUGAUCCACGCCAUCUCUGGUGGAGACUACACCCAGUGUUGUUCCAUUCUGACCAACAUUCCUUUCCUACUGCUGGUCUUCAGUUAUUUCACCGUUUCCUUGGCAACGUCGUCUUUGUAUCUGUAUCUCCCGGACUAUUUCGUUCAGCGCGGAGCGUCGCUCCAAACCGCAUCUUUCAGCCUCUCUGUGUCUGGAAUAGGCUCCAUAGUAUCGAGACUCACCACUGGUUUCGCUGCUAAUGAUCCGCGGAUUGGAAGCAUUCUGUUGUUAGCUGGCAUGACUGGACUCAUCGGCGUCCUAGCCCUAUUUAUCAACCUCUUUAGUGUGACGUCAGCGGGGCAGUUGUCAUACGGGUUCUUGCUUGGACUGUACACUGGUGGCUUGUGGGUAGUAUCUGGACCAUCCGCUCUCAGUUUACUCGGCGUAGAAAGACUUGCAACCGGAUUCGGAUUGUUAAUGUUGUCCAUAGGUCUUGGCUACCUUGUUGGACCGCCACUGGCAGGAUUGGUUUUCCAAGCCAGCAAUCAACAUAGCAGUCUCUUCCUGUUUUGUGCUGCCAUGUGCUUCACUGCCACCGUGUGUACCUUUCUGACGGCCGUGGCUGGAUCUGGAAGCGACAAACUAGUAAAAGAUUCAAUGUCGCAGAAGCAGACAGACAUUGACGUUGACGUUGUAUGCAAUGACGUCGACGCAAGUUUCCACCUUGAAAACGGUUUCUGUGUUGACGUUGACAAACCACAUUUUGUUCCAGAAGAAGAAAAGCUAGUUUUAGAAAAAACAUGAACAUUUAUGAUCACAACGAAAGAUUUGGGUUGUACAUUACCAUCCACUUCGUUUUACACUGCAAGUGCUUUAUAAUAACACUGGCGUAGCAAG